CCACUGACUAUUUGAAUGGCUAAACUUGGACUUGGGGCGGCUAUGGCGACGACGCUCAUCCCCGGCCUGGACGACGACGCCGCGUACCAGUGCCUCCUGCGAGUGACGCUCCCAUCCCACGGCCAAAUGCGCCAGGUGAGCAGAGCGUGGAGGAAUCUCGUCUCCAGCGCCAAGUUCUACGACGAUCGCUCCGCCCAGGGCUUGGACGAGGAGUGGCUUGUCGCGACGGUGAUGCUCAGGCAAGAGACUCUGAUCAUGGCGUUCAAUCCCAAUAGCGCCAAGAAAGCGUGGAUGAUACUUCCUCCUCCUCCGCAGCACAUCCACGGCAUUGCGGGAUUCGAGUGCAAGGCUCUCGGCGGCAAGCUCUAUCUUCUCGGGGGAUGGAGGGGCAAGAAACUGGUGAGCGUCUUCGAUUCACACACGAACCGAUGGAGCGCCGCGGCGCCUAUGCUGUGUCCUCGAGCGCACUGUGCGUCCGCGGCUAUGGAGGGUCGGCUCUACGUAGUUGGUGGUAACUUAAUGGGGAAGGGAUUGGACGCCGAGGUAUACGAUCCGGUGGAGGACCGAUGGGAACCUCUCCCACAAUCGCCAUCGCCGGAGACCAUAGCCUUUCACAUCGCCAUCGUCGUCGAUCGCACCAAGAUGGCUGUUUUCUCACGCGGUGGCGUCGGAGCUACGCUUGUUUUCUCGGCACGAGAUCUUUCCUGGGAAGUGGCGGACACUGGAUUGCCGGGGCGCCGCUGCUUUGUGCACUCCAACCGGAUCUACGAGGCCGACAUGGCUGGAUCGUUGAUGUGGAGAUACGAACGUGGCAAGAACAUGUGGGAGGCGCUCCGGCUGACGAAUGCUUCUUCCAGCGAUGACAGGUUCUUCUUCCGCACUGUGAGCUGCCAGAAGAACAUCUGGGCAGUCUCCAUGAAUUGCAAGGUUGUGACAGUGAUCCAAGUUCCCAGCGAUGGCGGCUUGGAAGCCAAGGUGGUGGCAGUUUACAAGCUCAGCGUGCCUUUUAGCGACGAUCCAUUGGUGCUCAGAACCUUCGACGUCGACAUCCUUCGAGCUUGAUGUAUAUGUAUCAGCUACUUCUCUACAAGGAUGUCGGGUGAAGACAUCUUGCCUUUGAGCUUAAUUUUUAUGCAUUCUAAAGUUAAAGGAUGUAUGCGAUCCCGAUUCACAGCCUCCUCUUCUGGAUGGCAUUGUUUCAUAA